AUGAUCGAACGCAUGCUGCCGCGACAUCUGCAACUCAUCGGGGAGUUGAACCUCCGCUGGAUCAAAGACCUCCAAGCCAAGUACGGCGAGAGCAGUCCGGUGAUCGCAGCGCUGAGCAUCUUCGAGGAAGGUGAUAUCAAGAAGAUCCGCAUGGGAAAUUUGGCCAUCAUGGGGGCCAACAAGGUGAACGGCGUGGCAGCCAUUCACACUGAGAUCAUCAAGAAGGAGACCUUCCCAGAAUUCUACAAGUACUGCUGCGACAUCGGCAAGCCCGUCGCGCAUGGCAUGGAACCAUGGUGGAUGACCUUGGCGUAUGGCCCAAAGUGGUGGGACAUUCUCAUGCGCGCACCGUCGCAUCCAGAGUCAAAAGGCGACCUGUUUGCAGCCAUGGCAACUGGCACUGGGACCGCCUCUAGCGGUGGAGCUGCAGAUGCCUACGCAGGCAAAGCCGACAGCUAUGUGCCGAAGUUCAACGGCAAGCAGAGGCGAGCUUGGGAUUGUGUGGAAGACCUGACGGUCGAAGAUCUAGCAAAGCCUGAGGCCUAUGCAACAGUCUUCGAGCGCCUGGACGCUGCCUUCAAGUUCGAUGCCAUGACCGAGCUCCCAUCAGACUUUGAGAGCUACUUCGUGAAGAUGCAGCGGAGGAACAGCCAGACCUUGCAGGAGUAUCAGGCCGAGUACCUCCACACAGAGCGCCGUCUGACGAUGGUGCAUAAGAUCGAGCUGCCCGAGAAGAUUCGAGCAUGGUGGUUUCUCCGAUGGUCUGGACUGACGAGGGAUCACCGACAGCUGACCCUGACACAACUAGGUGACUCGAAUCUCACCCUGGACAAGGCCAUCAAGGCGAUGAACUUCAUCAUUGGCCAGGACAGCAAGGUGGACGGAGCUUCAUCACGAUGGAACAAAGGUUCAACCUCCUACAAGACCAAUGCCUACCUGGCAGAGGAUGAUGAAGCAUGGCCUGAUGACGAGGUCUACCUGGAGUGGGAUGACUAUGAGGCUGAAGGUGACGAGGUGUUGGAUGGUGACGAGACGUACUACUAUGACGCGGAGAAUGACACCAACCCCAUCGACAAUGCCUUCAACGUGGACGAGUACGACGAUGUCUUUGCCAGCUACAUCGACGCCAAGAACCAUCUCAAUCGGAUGAGGACCAGCCGAGGAUCGGUGGUGGCCAUGGUCCAACGACCUCCUCUUCGAGAUGGUGGCAAAGGUGGAAAAUCGAAGGCAAGAGUAGCAAAGGAAAAGGAACACCUCCGAGCAGCAGGUGACAGAAAACGCAAGGCAGACAAUGCAGGAGAAGAUGAUGUUCGCAUGGUGGUGGAGUACGACGAGUCCUUCCCAACUCAGGUGCUAGGUGUCAACAUCCACAAGGAAGUGGAAGUCUUCAAAUGCCAGAAAGGCUUCAAGUAUGGCAACGGUCAGAAAGAGAUCACCAACAUGUGCUGCCUCAUUCCGACCUAUGUGGGAGGACAACGGAGGAAGAUCCUAUGCUACAUCAUCGGUGGCAAUGCGCCGAUCCUCAUUGGACGCCCUCUCAUGCGGGAGAACAAUGAGGACGAGCAGGUCCUCAUGCCUGAUGACUUCACCGACCACAUCGACACAACUGACCGGCUUCCUUUGUCGGCCAUCUUGGACGAUGAGGACAUCAUCAGCCGAGCUGAGACCACUGUGGUGACAGCCCCAAGUGAGGCUACGCCAAGCAAUGCCGAGCACAUCAAGCAGGAGGAUGUCAAGAGCGAGAUUCAUCCCAGUGCUGGACGUGGAGAAUCACCUGCAGGGCCAAGACUGAGCGCCGAUAGCGCGACUCACCACUGCAAAGCUGCGCAAGAUGAUCUACGAGCACAGAGCCUGGUCAAGGAGCACGAGAACCUCAAGGCUCAAGCUCAUGAACCUGCUCGCAAAGAGCACGUGGUAUGGGAAGUCUACGCAGGACGCGGACGACUUUCUGAGGAAGUCAACAAGUUGGAAGGUUGCUCAGCCCGGAAGUUCGGAAUUGAACAAGGCUGGGAUUUCUCAAGGCCAAAAGACCGAAAGUCCUUCAUCAAGCUGCUGAUUGACGAGGAGCCAGAUGAUGUUCAUCUCUCUCCAGAAUGUCGUCUUUGGAGCCCUUUGCAAGAGCUCACAGCAAGCCGAAGUGAAGAAGCCCGACAGUUUCUGGUCGAUUCCCGAACUGUCAACCAUGACACUCACCUGGUGUUCGUUGCAACCGUCUACAAAAGAUCCAACAACGAGCUGGACGCAAUGCGCAACCUCUUCUACCACAUGCUGAGAUUUGCAUGCUCUGGCAACCAUCAACACACACCGUGUGAAGGCUACAUUCAGGGACAAGGUCUUCGUUCUCGACUAUGUCAAGAUUAUCCCUAUGAGAUGGCCUAUGAACUGGCGCACUGCAUGACACAGCGAGAGGAGACUGUCGCUGAGAUCAAUGCUGCUGAAGAUGGUGAUGCAGAGCUGCUGGAGUUCGAGAAAGCUCGUGACGAGCCCAUGAACCCAGAGGAAGACAAAGACCGUGAAAUGGUCAAAGCCAACCGUGAGCUGAAGAAGAAGGUUGGAGCAAGAGCGGUCGACUAUGUCGCCAGACUGCACAAGAACCUGGGUCAUCCAUCACCCGAGGUCUUGGUCAAGAUGCUGACAGAGGUGCAGGCGACAGAGAACGUGCUUCAAGCAGCCCGGGAGCACGUGUGCCGCAACUGCUAUCACAGGGCAAAACCAUUUCAAGUACCACCCUCUGGAGGAAUCUCUUCAACUACUUUUGGCAAUCGCCUGGUGGUGGACUCUUCAUGGAUUCAGCUGGAGACAGGACGUCAAUGUGUCCUCACUAUGUGUGAUGAAGCAACUCGCUACAUUGCCGUCCGCAUCCUGCAGAGCGAGAAGUCCACUGAGUUUGUCAAGGGCCUGGAGCGCACUUGGGUGCGUCACUUUGGAUUGCCCAAGUACUUGCGAGUAGAUGCUGCAAAAGAAUGGGAAAAGCAAAGCCGUGAGAGAUUGGUGCUCCGACAAAGGAGUAAUCUUGGAAGUUGCCCCCCUGCUGAGAGCCACAACUGGCUUGGAGUCGUUCGCCGAGCUUUGGAACUCUACAUGGAUGACAGCGGGGGUCACACUCUCUCCGUGCUCAAAGAUGCAGCCAUCUACGUUCCGCCAAAGAUCAACGGAAUGUCUUUCACAAGAGGCUUCACUCCAACUCAAUGGGUGUUGGGCAAGACUCCACAACAAGAUCUUUCUUUGAUGUCCGAGCUCUACAACCCUGGUGUGGACAACAUCGAUGAGACCACGCACUUUGCCAACAUUCAGCAGAAACGACUGCAAGCUGGCAUCGCCUUCCUCAAGGCCGACUCUGACGCAAAGCUCAGAAGAGCCAUGAACCAGAAGUUCUACGAGGGUAAGGACAAGGUGCUGGUUGGACAACGCUGCUGGUACUGGGGUAUCCAAGGACCUGGACAUCUCCAGAAAUCAAAAUGGCGUGGGCCAGCACGAUGUGUCGCACAAGAGCUUUCCAACGAUGGUGGAAAGGUGGUGGUUCAUUGGCUGGUGCAUGGCACUUCAUUGCUGCGAUGCUCACCAGCACAUGUGAGACCAUUCACGGAAGCCCUACGUGAAGCUCAAGGUGAACGAGAUCACUACUUCACUGCCUGGCGUCAAAAAGAACGCCAAUCCGGGACGCUGAUUGAGACCAUCAGGAAGCUGCGACAACAACAAGCUCAAGGCCGAGAUGGACAAGAGCUGGUAGCAGCUGAGGUGCAAGUAGACACCCUCAAUCCAGAAUUGGAUGAGAGGAACUAUCAAUGUGAGGUGCUGUUCCGUCGGAUCGGAGCUCUCGAAAUCGAAAGAGAACGUAUCCGCCUACUGGAAAUGGACGCCGAGCCAGAGGAUGAGAACAGCCCACGCAGCAAUGACAAGAUCGUCAACAUGACCAACGGCGUGACGCCGCGCCGCUGGGUGCACUGCGCCAACCCGGCGCUCAGCGCCAUCUUCACCAAGUACUUGGGAUCCCACGAGUGGCUGACGGACAUGACCAAGUUGAAGGACAUGUUGAAGUUCAAGGAGGACACGAAGCUGCAUUCGGAGUGGAUGGAGAUGAAGAGGGAAGCGAAAGCAAAGCUGGCGGCGUACGUCAAGGAGAAGUGCAACCUGGACAUCGACGAGGACGCCUUGAUUGACAUCCAGAUCAAGCGCAUCCAUGAGUAUAAGAGGCAACUGAUGAACAUCCUGUAUGUGAUCCACCGCUAUCAGGACCUGAAGUCGAAAUCACCCGGUGAACGAGCGAAGGCCCAGAAGAGGGUGGUCCUCAUUGGUGGCAAGGCAGCCUCUGCCUACGUGAAUGCGAAGAUCAUCAUCAAACUCAUCAACAACGUUGGCAAGGUCAUCAACAACGACCCCGACACCGGGAAACUGUUGAAGGUGGCCUUCGUGCCCAACUACUGCGUCUCGGCGGCGCAAGUCAUGAUCCCAGCCUCGGACAUCUCGGAGCACAUCUCCACGGCAGGUACUGAAGCCAGUGGCACUUCCAACAUGAAAUUCGUGAUGAACGGCGGCCUCAUUGUGGGUACCAUGGAUGGUGCGAACAUCGAGAUCCGUGAGGAAUGCGGUGAAGACACCAUGUUCAUCUUCGGCUGCUUGGAGCAUGAGGUGUCCCAGAUUGCCUCUAAGGCAAAGAGUGGGCAUUAUCCCAUUGACCAGCGGCUGCAGAACGUCUUCCAGGUGAUCCGCAACGGCGACUUCUCGCAUGGGGAACCUGAGGCAACGGCGGAGUUCUGCUCCCUGGUGGACCGACUCUGCAACAUUCAAGCCGCUGGCACUUGGGAAGGCGACAAAUACCUGGUGAUCAACGACUUCCCGUCCUUCGUCGACGCGCAGAACCGGGUGGACCAAACAUACGCGGACAAGGCCAAGUGGUGCAAGCUGAGUAUCCAGGUGCCUUGCCGUGGCGGAUGGGGUAAACUGCUCAAAAAGGGGGACACGGGGAAACCCGUUCGAAAAUGGGGUAAACAUGCCACAAACGUGGAAAACCCUGCGGUUUUCGAAAAUGAUUUGCAUUCAUGUCGGUUUUCCACAUAUUUUUGUAUGUUUACAGGGCCGUAA